AUGUUCAAAAUAACAACUUUAACUCAUAUAAAUGAUGAUACUUCAAAACCAUUAAUUUCAUUAACUACAAGAUUAGGAAACAAAUAUUUAUUUGGUAAAAUCCCUGAAGGAACACAAAGAAUAUUAAAUUCAAUAAAUUCAGAAAUUAAAUAUAAUAAAUUACAAGGUAUAUUUAUAAGUGGAGCUAUUUUGUCAUGGUCAGAUAUUGGAGGAUUACCUGGAUUAUUUCUUACUAUUAGUGAUGCUACAAAACAAGGGGUUAAAAUAUUCGGGAAUUCUAAAAUUUUAUCAUACAUUGUGACUACUUGGAGACAAUUUGUUUUUAGAUUAGGUAUUAAUUUAGAUAUUAUUGAUGUUGUUGAUGAGAAUCAAGAAAUUAUUUUAUCAAAUGACGAAAUAAGUGUAAAGUCUAUUCAAAUUGAACCAACAAACUUCAAUAAUUCAUUAGAAGAUUCUCCAAUUUCAGAUAAUAACAAUAAUAUACUAUUUAGACAACUAAAAAAAUUAGCUUCAUUAAUGUUCCCACUAGAUACAUCAGAAGUCAAUAGUAGAAAUCCAGAAUCAUACAAAUCAGAUCCAUCACAAAAGGAUAUUCAUACUCAUGUAAAAUUACCACGUUCAAAAAUUUCUCAGUAUUUUCAAACAAAUAAACAAAAUUCAAUAUCUUAUCUUAUAGAAUUUGCCAAAAUAAGAGGUAAAUUUGAUCCACAAAGAGCUAAAAAUUUAGGUUUAAAACCAGGUUUACAAUUCAGAGAUUUAACUAAUGGACAAUCAGUUAUUAAUGAAAAGGGAGAAAUUAUUGAACCACAUCAAGUAUUAGGUCCAGAUAAAAUAUUACCUAAAAUUUUAAUUAUUGAUAUUCCAAGUUAUGAAUAUUAUGAAAAUACAAUCACUAAUAAUAAUUGGUUUAAUAUUGAGAAUUUAGGAUUAAUUUAUCAUUUCAUUGGUGAUGAUAUAAAUUUUAAUUUACAAUCAUAUAUUGAGACUUUUUUAAAUAAGUUUUCCCCAAAUGUUAAACACGUUAUAAGUCAUAAGUCAAUAACUAACAAUAUUAUAAUGAAUGAUAAAUUCGAUUCAAAUCAACUUAAAUUGAAAUUAAUAAUGAAUGAAAAUAUCAAUUUAUUAAAUUCUGAAAACUAUAAAGAUCUAAAAAUUGAAGAAAAUAUAGAAAGGUUACAUAGUUUACAAGCAUUUGGAUUAAAUGAAAAGGGAAUAAUGACAAAUAAUUCACAAGUUAUUAAAGCUUCAAGUGAAGAUAUAUUCAACACUGAGAUUGUUAAUUCUAAUGAUUCAAAUGUUUUAGAAAUUUUAUCAAAUUUAAGUUUUGAAGAUUUACAAAAUUCAAAAUUUAAAUUAGAUGAUGAUAAUAUUGAUAUUGAAAAAUUGACAAAUUCAGUUCAUUUAUGUACAUUAGGUACAGGUUCAGCAUUACCAAGUAUAAAUAGAAAUGUAUUAUCCAAUUUAGUCAGAAUUCCAUACCAAACAGAGACAGGUGAAAUUAUAUAUCGAUCGGUUUUAUUAGAUUGUGGAGAAAACACCAUUGGAAGUUUAUUGAGAAAUUUCGGACAUAACCAUCACCAAGAUUUUAUUAAAAUUUUCAAAGAAUUAAAAUUAAUUUAUAUAUCCCAUUUACACGCUGAUCAUCAUUUAGGAAUAUGUUCCAUAAUAAAUAAAUGGUUUGAAAUUAAUACUAAUGAAAAUGAAAAUUUAUAUUUAAUCUUACCUUGGCAAUUUAUAACUUUUCUAAAAGAUUGGUAUAUUUUUGAAUCAAAUUAUAAUCAUAAUUUCAAUUUAAGCAGAUUAAAAAUGUUUAGUUUAGAAGAAUUUUUAACUAUUGAAGCUAGACAGGCUGAAUAUUCCAAGAUAUCAAUUGAUGAAUUUGAAAAAUUAUAUGAUUCAAGUAAACUCAAAAAUGAAAUUAUAUCAAAGAGGGAAAUUAAUAAUGUUGACAUUAAAAGAGUUAACGAAAUGUAUGAAUCAUUAGGUAUAAGAAGUAUCAAUAGUGUACGAGCAUUACAUUGUCCUUGGUCAUAUUCAACAACUUUUGAUUUCAGUUUAAAUUUCAACAAUUCUCAAUUUUUUAAAAUAUCAUUUUCAGGAGAUACAAGACCAAAUUAUAAAUUUGUUAAAAUUGGUUCAAAUAGUGAUUUAUUAAUUCAUGAAUCUUCAUUAGAUUUAUAUUGGUUAGAUGAAGCAAUUGCUAAAAAACAUUCAACAAGUAUUGAAUCUAUAUGGAUAUCAAAAUUAAUGAAUUGUUCAAAUCUAAUACUUACUCAUUUUAGUACAAGAUAUGGAAUGUCAAAUAAUUAUAUUUCAAAAGAUGAGUUAGUGAAAGAAUCUAAAUUUUUACAAAACCAAUUAAAUAAUAAAAAAAUAUAUAAUAUAAUUAAAAAUAUAGAUUUAGAAGAUUCAUCAAAUACCAAAUUUGAUUUAAAUAUAUUAUACGCUUAUGAUUUAAUGAAUAUUAGAUUCAGGAAUUUGAAAAAUCAAGAAAAUUAUUGGAAUCAAUUUUUAAAAAUAUUUGAAAUUAAUUCAAAGAAGAGAAAAUUAGCUAAUGAUGAUGAUAAUGAUGAUUGUAUAAAUGAUUUAUAG